AUGUAUCUGCAGACGGCAUGGCUCUCGGCUCAGAAUAUUAUACUGAGCCUGACAGAUUUUUUUUUUUUACCCGUUUUCAGCAUGUCCUCUGCAGUGUAUGCUUGUUGGUUGUGCCCAGACAAAUUUAAGUCGAAUCGAGACAGGAAGAACCACCUGAUUUCCCGUCCCCAUGAGAGGAUGCGUGUCAUCUGUCCGUUUUGCCCAGUUAGAGAUGGUAAACGAGAAAAAACACUGCGUAGAAUGGCGGAUCUCAAAGUCCACGUGCUGGAGGCCCACAAGGGGUUGGGACGGUUAAAGGAUGUUCCCAGUGAUUUCUAUUCCGAAGCUAAUGGAUUCUGGUUCUCUGUCCAUCCAUCAGACUACAGAAAAAUCGUUCAACCAAAUCCCUGGAAGAGCGAGGCGGCAAUUAGAGCACGAUUAGAGAUAGUGUCAUGGGUGAGAAGCAACAGUCUCAGCAGUAGGAAACUCAGAGAAUUUGAGCAAGGUUGGGAGGAGGGAAGAGGUUCUUCAUUAACUCCAGAGGAACACUUCAGACCAGACUACAUAGAAGAGACAGAAGAAGACCACAGUCCAGUAAUGAAGAAGCCAAGGGGAUAUUCACCAACCAAACCCGAGUUAGAUGACCGAUAUACGAUCAAGGCCAUCAGCUUGGAGGGAGGAUUGAUCCGGGUUCAUGUUGCUUCAGAAGAAGACAAAGUUUUUAACAUCAAAAUGACUUCAGAGGCCAGCCGGAACCCUCAGAUUCUGUCGUCUGUGAUGAGGAAGUCGCAGAGCAUACAUCCUGAUCCAUUCUUCCAGAUUCCUACCUUUUUUUCGCCUAUCUCCUCACCCAUCCUCCUAAAGGAAAUGUCCAAGCUGUUGGGGGUUGACGAAAAGUUAAUAGAAUCCAUCAGGAAGGGAGCCUCUCCACCUCCUUAUGUUCCAUCCAAACCAUCUGCUUGUUUUGUACCAGAACCUCAGAUGGAAAUUUCAACAACUGAAGCUGCUUCUGCCCCAGUAUCUGCAUCUGGUGAUGGUCCUCUAAUCGCCAUUCCCAUAGGUACCAUUGAGCAGGAUGCGGACUCUCCUCCUGAUGCAACGAAGCCUCUGGUCGACUCUACCCCCCUGCUCCUGAGACGCCUGUCCCAUCUGUUCCUUCUCAGACCAUGGAACCUGUAGAGAAGCCUCUUGAGUCCACAGCACCCCCCAGUAUUGAUCUGCCAGACUUCAAAAAUUCAGUUCUCUGGGAGUUUGCUGACCCUGCCGCCUUGUGUACUUCUCUCCAGCCAUUAGCUUCUUCAAUCCUGGAGGACGAGGGCCCUAAGUCAGUCUCCAGUGGAGCCGUGGAACACCCAGUCUCCUCUGCUACCUCCCAACCUUCAUCCAUCAUGUCACAGCCUUCAUCCAUCUCCGGAGAAGAGACCUCUGAUCACCCUGUUGUAUUUGAUCUUGUGUCUACAGAGAGAGCUCGUGUCCUUCUGGAGUAUGGUGUGAUGCCACUUUUACCAGCGGCCAGAAGAAAUUGGCAAGGGGUGCCUCCUUUUGACAUCUCACGGGAAGGGACCACCAUUUCUUGGCCACCGACCAGAUGGGAAACCUUAACACCUGACCAAAAGCUGCAGGUUUGGGAGUUCGCUGCCCUGGCUCUUGAGACAAAUGGCGUCCUCUCAGCAGACACCCUCUCUAUCUCGCGAGCUCAACUUCUUUCUAAGUACAAUGUCUUAUGUCUCCCCGGAUCCGCCAAACCAGCCAUGCUACCACAAGACGAAGUAGACCGUAAGCUAAAAUUUUAUAAUUACAAGAAACUUUGUGAUAUUGCGAUAAAGGGGGCUAGAUCUGAUGUUGACCGUGACUUUCUUUCUAUGAUGGAGGCAGCCGCCCUGAAAAGAUUGAAGAAAUACGAUUCCAUUAUUGACCAAAUUAAGGAAAGGAAUGUACCUAUCAGACUGUCUUAAAUUUUUGUUAAUGUGUCUUAAAAUUCAGGAGAAUUUUGUAUUUUUUAAGUGGGGGGUGGUGUAAUAUGUGAGACCUUCAUCAGCUGUUCAUGUGCUUACUCUUGUAUUGUUUACAAUUAAUUUAUUCUGAAUGGAGAUACACUAUAAUCAUAGUACAUGACUUUAAAAGUUAUUAAUUAAGCUUAAGCAGCAUUUAUUAUGUCUUAUUUUUAUUCAGAUUUUGUUUACAAAACUUGCUGUAAUACCGAUCGUGUUUUGACAACAUCCCCCAUUUUCAAUAGUUUGUUUACAAAUUUUAUUCUCUAAGUUUCUGCGUAAAUACGGUAAAAUAAUACAUUUUAACAGAUUACAGUUGUUAAUAAUUACCGGUUAUUGAUCUCUGUUCAGUACCAGCGUAUUCUUUUACUUACAUCUAUGUGAAAUCGUCAUUUUACCGCUCGCGAACUUCUUGUGUACUUUAACAUGCGUUUCCUUCGUCUGAUUGACCGCUUCACUACUCAUCUUGUCACCUGUGAUUCUGCUGCCUGAUUUCUCAUUAUUCAACCAUGUUGUACAUUAUUUUUAUCUUGAAUUAUUGUAAUAUGAUGCUGACCAAUAUUUUUGUCCCUUAUUUACCUUAUGAUGGUGAACUAUUGUCUUAUUUUAUCGAUCUAUCCUAGGUACUAUGUUGUGAAGUCGCACUUCCGUAUUUGCGUAUAUCGCUACGCGCACUACUUCUGAAGGCGCCUAGAUUCGAAACUUGAUUUUUAUAACAAAACUACGUAGUCUUGGAUAAUUUUAUUUAUUAAACUAAUUACGUAUUUUAGUGUCCAUGUAAUUAAAGUAAUCCGGACAAAGUCUUGUAUUGUUCAUUAAAUGUUUAUUAAGGGUUUUAAUUCAGCUUGUCCGGAGAUUGUAUAUUGUUCGGAUUUUCCAUAGAUCCGUACAGCGUUUGGAUUGGUCAAUUAUUUUCCGGACAAAAA